AUGGGCAUUAGUGGAUCUCAAGAAAACAGCGAAAAAAAGCCUGUUGUGCUUAUCGUUGGUGGUGGUUAUGGUGGUAUUCAAUGUGCUAAAUUGUUAGAUAAAAAUGGUCAAUUCUUUGUUAUACUUAUUGAUCGAAAAUCUUAUUUUCUUCACAAUGUUGCAGCAUUACGUGCUUCAGUAGAACAGGAUUUUGCUCGAAAAAUUAUUACUCCAUACGAUCGAUUGCUUACUCAUGGUUGUGUUGUACAAGCUGAAGUAAUAUCAAUUUCAAAUGAUAGUAUACAAGUUCAUGGACGAAAUGAACCAAUUUAUUUCGAUUAUUUAAUUAUAGCUACUGGUUCAUCGUAUGCUUUUCCUGGUAAAAUAGCUGAAACUGAUAUAACAAAAGCUAUAGAUCUUUAUAAUAAUAUUCAAGAAAAAAUUAAACAAUCUCAACAAAUAUUAAUUAUUGGUGGUGGUGCAGUUGGAGUUGAAUUAGCUGGUGAAAUAGCUACUGACUUUCCUAAUAAAGAUGUUACACUUGUACAUAGUCAAAAAACAUUAUUACAACCAAAAAUAUUUAAAGAAAAACUUUAUAUAAAUUUACAAGAACAACUUGAAAAACUUAAUGUUAAAAUAAUAUUAAAUGAUCGAAUUCAAUUACCAGAUAAUCAACAUGUAAAUUAUAUUGAAGGAAAACAUACAUAUAUAACACAAAAUUCUCAAAUAAAUAUUACAGCUGAUUUAACAUUUUUCUGUACAGGUGCACGUGUUAAUAAUAGAAGUUUAUUAAAUAGUCCUUUAAAAUCAAAAAUAAAUCCUCAAACGGGUCGAAUUAUUGUUAAUAAUUAUUUACAAGUUGAUGGUUAUGACAAUAUUUUUGCUAUUGGUGAUAUAAGUGAUAAAGAAGAUAAAUUUGCAUUUUUAGCUAAUUAUCAAGCAGAAUAUGUUGCUAAAAUAAUUCCAUUGAUUGAAAAUAAAAAACUUUAUCCAAAAGAAUAUGAAGUUCAUGUAAAUCCAACUAUUUUAUUAUCUAUUGGUCGAAAUGGAGGUGUUGGACAAUUACCAAAUAAGAAUGGAAUGAUUAUUGGUAAAUUAAUUUCAAAAUAUUUGAAAUCAAAAGAUAUGUUUGCAUCACGUUAUCGAUUAGCAAUGAAUUAUUGUUGUCAAAAUCAAUCAGAAAAUCAAUCAGCUUAUUUAAAUAGACUUGAUUCAGUUCGAUCAGUAUUAUCUUUUACUGAACAAGAUGCUCAAGAUUUACUUAGAGGUUUACCAGCUAAAGAACUUGAACUUGAUCAAGAUUUUAUUUAA